GCGAAGAGGCCCGAAGGCUUCCGGCGGAAGGGGAGGGUCUCUUGAUGGGAGAGGAAUGCAGGCAUUGCAAAAAGUGGAAGGAGCACUGCAAAAAGUUUGAGGAACACUUCUAUUGGGACCAUGUUGAUGUGAAGAAGAUGCAUUUCUCCAAGUCCAUGACUGGAGAUUUCUCCAAAUGCAUGGUCUUACCAAAGAAGUUUAUAGAACGAUUUAAGGGUGAACUUCUUGAAACUGUUGAGCUCAAGGUCCUAAGUGGUGAUAAAUGGCAUGUUGAAUUGAAGAAGACUUGUGAUGGAGUUGUUCUUAAUUGUGGCUGGAGGAAUUUUGUUGCAGCUCAUGGUAUUCUAGAAAAUGACACUUUGGUGUUUAAAUAUGAUGGCUGUUCUUCCUUUCUUGUGUUGAUGUUUGAGCAAAGCGGCUGUGAGAAAGUUGCUUCUCAUUGUUCAAUGAGAAAGGAUCGUAUGGAAGAAUUAUGUGCUAUAGCUUCUGGCAAGAAACCCAGACUUCAUAGCAAUAGAAGUUCUUCCAUGAAUUAUGAGCAACCAAAUCCUUUAACUGUGGAUAGAAUUACCUCAAGGGCACACAAAGAUGUGAAAGAGAAGCAUUUCAGGAAGAGAAAGGAUACAAAAAGCGUUCCUAGACGUAAGAAGCACUUUGCCGGUUCGAGGAGAAAGAACUCCUUAAAUGAACAAGAAAGUGCUGUUAUAGAAGGGACAACCAGUGGUGGCGAUGAAGUCUCUUUGACUGAACAGGGUGAUCCUAUGGAUUUCAUCAUUUCAAAGAAAGCGCGUCUUACGGAUGUAGAGAAGAAUGUAGUUGUCAGGUUUGCUGAUACAAUUCAAACAGAUAGGCCUUCAUUUGUAUCUAUCAUGGUGCCCAGCAGUACCAGCAAAAGAUUUUAUUUGACCAUUCCCAUGUCUUUUGCCAUACAGUACCUUCCUCGAUCAAGCCGGCGAGUUCUUCUUCAAGUUAAGGACAAGGAGAGCUCUUGGUCUGUUCAUUGUCUUGUUCAGAGCCAUUCAGUUGGGUUUUCUUCUGGAUGGAAGGCAUUCGUCCAGGACAACCAACUGAAGGUAGGGGAUAUAUGUUUUUUUGAGCUGUUGGAAGCUGAGGAAGAAGACAUACUGAUGACUGUUCAUAUCAAUAGGACUGAGGAGGCUUUGCCAUUUUAGAUUUGGUUUUGUACUAAUUGCAGCAUUUUUGUUUUUGUGAGACUGCAAAUAAUAGAGAGUGAAGGAGCAUAGGUGUUUUGAAAACUUUCUGACCUGAGUAGAACUCUGAUGUAGUGAGGUUUUGAUCACUAAUUAUUUUGAUUUUUGGGUUUAUAAUUAUAUUGAG